ACCAAAACAAAAGAAGGAAGGCAAAAGCCACACUCUUCCUUCCACUGACUGCCUUCUCUCCCUAUGUCCGGAGACGAGGCCGACCACUAUGGCCGCCGCCAUGAUCACUUCCCUUUCCACGGUGAACCGUCGUCGGUGUCGCCGCAGAAGCCGGGCAGCAGCAGCAGCGGUGCAGCCAACAGUCUGCAGGUUUCCGACCUCAAAACGCUAUCGCCGUUCCUGAGCUUCACCGACUACCUCCACGACUCGCCGGUGGACUUCCACAAUCUGGUUCCGGCCUUCGAUGACCCGAGCCCUAGGUCACACCUGCUCGGCGGUGCACAUGAGCCGUGUGAAUUGUUGGCGGGCGGCGACGGCACGGCUCCGGUGACUCCCAACUCCUCGAUGACUUCGUCGUCGACGGAAGCGGCAGGGGAAGAAGACUUGGGUGCCCGCAAGACGGAUCGGCCGAAGCAGGAGGAGGGAGAGGAGAAGCAGGCAGCAGGGGGUGAAGAAGGGCGUGACAAGUUCAAGAAAGUGAACAAGCCAAGGAAGAAAGGCGAGAGAAGGCAGAGGGAGCCACGGAUUGCAUUCAUGACCAAGAGCGAGGUUGAUCAUCUCGAAGACGGAUAUCGAUGGAGGAAGUACGGGCAGAAGGCAGUCAAGAACAGCCCAUAUCCCAGAAGCUACUACCGGUGCACGGCGCCCAAGUGCAACGUGAAGAAGAGAGUGGAGAGAUCGUAUCAGGAUUCGUCGGUCGUGGUCACCACCUACGAAGGGCAGCACACUCAUCACAGCCCAGUCAAUCUUCGCUUAGCGCCAUCUCCACCGACGACGAGCUUUCGCGGCGACCUGCUGUCGCAUCAGCCGUCCCCCGUGAACAGUAACAUUAACCAGCAAGCCGAAGGCCAUGGUCUCUUGCAAGACAUCGUCCCUACUCUCGUCCACAGCAAGCAGCGACAGUAACAUACUGCUUUACUCCCUCAUGCUGCUUGUGUGUGUUCAUAAGAUGGGUAUGAAUCGACGAUGUAGAAACAGGGAAACUCUAAUCGAUUCUGGGCUCACUCUAUGUUUAGCCUCCGUGUAAGGACACUAAUGAUUCAGAGAAGCAGGCUGGGAGAUCAGAGUGAGUGACAUGGCUUUUCUGCGUGAGGAAUCCAAGCUUUUGGUACGGCUACAUUAAAUGCUUGGCCAUGGUUGGUCUUGUUCUUGUUUGGUAGCUGGAGUUUAUGGUGAAAGCGUCAGUUGUUUACGAAGGGGAAUUUGGAGUCAUGAAUGCUAUUGGCUCCAUUUCUUCUUCAUGAUUGCAGAUGACAACAGCCAGAACUCGUACACAUUAUUACAUUUUGCUUAUCGAA